AUGUCUAUACGAGAGGGAGAGACUCUCAAGACUUAUUUGGACAGGUACUGGGAAAUGUUUAAUGAAAUAGAAGGAAAGAACGAUGAUGUGGCCAUAAUCACUUUCAAAGUUGGCCUCCCAGCCGAUCACAAUUUAAGAAAAUCCCUGACGGGUAAACCUAUUACCAGUGUACACCAGUUGAUGGAUAGGAUAGAUAAGUACAGAAGGGUAGAGGAGGAUCAACUUCAGGGAAAGGGGAAGGCCAAGAUAAUCCCUCAGGAGAGGAGGGAUUUCAGGUCGGACCGUUAUAACAGUAACCGACCCCGGAAGGACUUUGUCGGGAAGUCGGGUUCUGUGGACAUACAGGUGGUUAAUGCAAUAUUUCGAGAGCCAGUGCAGCAGGUUUUGGAGAAGAUAAAGAAUGAACCCUUUUUCAAGUGGCCGAACAAGAUGGCGGAAGAGCCUAGGAAACGCAACCCGAACUUAUAUUGCCACUAUCAUUAG